GCCAGUUCGAUAUGCUCCUCCUUUGCAGCAGCAGCAGCAGCAGCAGCCAGCACGUUAUGCGCCUGUUCCUCUCCAACAGCAAGCACGAUAUCAUCCGCCUCUGCAACAGCAGCAGCCAGCGGCCUUCCCUCCGCCCCAUUCUUACGCUUCAUAUACCCAGUCUCAAGCGCCUUAUCCACAACAUUCCAUGCAGCCAAUGCAGCCAUAUGCCAUGCCCUAUCCAGCACCUCCGGCACACUCAGUGUACUCACAGCAGCAGCCAGCAAUGCCUCUGCCUCUGCCUCUGCCCAGACCACCUGCCCAAAGAUCAUCGGCUGCGCCUUCCACGGACUCCACGGGCACAUUUAUGCUGCGCCAGCCAACGAACGUUCAUUUCUACGAUCACAACAAUAAAUAUCAUCGCUCCUACGAGGCGCCUGUCAAUUCUGUGCAAUUAAAUGGCCCAGAUCCGAGGCAACCCAAUGCCAUGGCUCAAGCGCUUGAUGAGAAUCAUUUGCGGGUAUUGCGAGAAGAAGAGCUGGAGCAGCUAAGGCAAAAGUGCGACAAACGCGGCCAGCGCGCCUUGGAGCGCGAACAAGUCAGAAGAGACUGCGCGGAAUUGACCGAAAAACUGGAGGCGCUAUCCCAACAGCAACCGAAUUUGCUGCCCAGCGAUGACAACUUUAUAGCCAAUCAUCGCUAUGCGGAUCUGGCAGCGCGACGCGAGCACAAAAUGAACGAAGCCAUGGAGGAGAUGUUGCUGCGUCCGGCUAUUGUGACCUGCCCUGAAGUGGCUGCCAAGACGACUGCUGCCAGAGCUGGUGGCAGGACCGCGAAGCUGCCCGAAGCCAAUGCCAUCAAUUUGGGUGCACAGCCAGACAGAGCGGCGGGCUUUAAGGGCAGCUCCGAGAGCUGCUGCUCCAUGCUGCUCGACUAUGUGGAUGAUCAGAGCAAGCAGCUGCGUUCGGAUCUACGCGCAGCAGAGUCCAACACCUCGAAAUCCGUCAGAUUAAAGAAUCUGCUGGAUCGUGUGGAAAAGAUACGCGUGCAGCUGCUGGAGGAGCUGAAAGCAGGCGAACGAUCGUCCUCACAUGCGGACAAGGACAAGCAGGUACUCGAUGCCAUACGGCAGGAGCGGGAGGAUAUUCUGGCCGAAAAAGCGCGCACCCUAAACGAACGCGAAACGGAGCUGGUGCAAAAGGAAGCGCUGCUCGAGCAGCGUCUUAAAAAGUUCUACAAAGAGCAAAAGCAAAAGAAGAGCAGCGACAUCGAGGUGAAUGCGAGGGAUAAGCCAGUGAUCAUCAUCAAAGUCAACAGCGAUGGCACUGUGAAGCAGUGUAAACCCAAACCAAAAGCCAGAUCCACAGCCAUCGAGGCAGCCAAGGAACCAGCCUCAACGGAGGCGCUGCCAGCCACGGAGCCGCAGCGCCAAAACUCCAUUGAUUCGAACUCCACAGCGUACCGCAGUCUGCCGCCAAUUAGCUACAAAAAUGUGGAUCCGCCAGCGUCGGCAACGGAGGGGCCGCCCACUCAAGUGGAUCCCAUGAUUGCGCACUACAUCCAGCGACUGCUGGGCAUGACACGUCGCUCCGUGCAGGAGCUGAGCGUGAGCAGCUCGGAAGUGCCCACGCCCGAGCCAUCGAUCAUAAAUGUAUCGCGAAACAUGACACCCGAAGGGAGUGUCAGCGUGGCGCAGCCAGAGGAGACUGUGGCAGACGGACUGCGCAUGGAGCGUGUGCAGAACUUUAUACAGGACAAUCGCAGUUUUGUCAACGAGCUGGAGGACACGCUGCGCAGUCAGCAGGAUAAAGAAAGCAGCAUGCAGACCUUUGAUAAAAUAUGGAACAAACGUUUGGCCAACAAGCAGCUGCCCGCGACCAAGGAGCCAGCCAAAAGGCACAAGGAGAAAGCACAACCCCGUCCCAGCAGCAGCAACCGUUCAAGUCCAACCAGAAAAUCAGUUACCCUAGCUCCGCCAGCCAAGCGCACAUCGCAGUCUGCGGUGGCGAGCCAGCAGCAGCCAGCUGAUGGGCACAUCGAACGCUAUGCGCAGCUCACCGAGAACUGCACGCAUCGCAUAGCCGAGCUCACGGAUCUGAUAACCAAAGUGCGCGAGGAGAAGCAGCGACUGGUGGAGGUCACACUCACCUCGGCCAGCGAAGGCGAACGACUGUCCACGGAGUACUUGGAGCUGCCAGCCGUUCAGGAGCAGCCGCAGAAGCAGACACAGCGGGCGGCGAGAUCUAGGACCAUCUCUGAUCGCAGUGACAACACAACGCCCUCCACCUCUGAGGCGCUGCCACUCACAAAGAACAAGUCAACAGCGGCCAGCCGAGACAGUGGCAUCUCCGAGUCGCGACCCAUCACAGCCUUGGGUCAGGUGCCGGCCGAUGCAGAGCCAGCCGCAACCACUCAUCGACGUGGCAGAGCUCCACCGGCCACCAUGCGCCGCUAUAGCCCACAGCUGAAUGCCGAUGAACUGGCACACGAACUGUCCACCAUCGCAGAGGUGGAGACGCCAGGCCAAUCGCAUUUGGUGGCGGCCACGCCAGUGCCCAAACCGUUUCCCAAUUUCGAUGAUUAUGCGCGGGAGCUGCAGCUGGAUUUGUCCCACUUGGAUGCUGAUCAAAGUCAGCAACUCAAGGCGGACUUCGAUGAGCUCGUGCAGGCCAUCAAUCAGCAGUGCGGCGGCCUCAACUACCGCGAGUUUCCCAGCAUCAAUGCGUAUCUAAGGAACGUAACGACCACCCGAUUACAUGUGGAGGAGACGGACCAAGCCAUUGUCACAACGGGCGAGCUGAUGCGACAAUUGCGACUGGACAGCGUGCCCAUUGAGGAGUUUCCCGAUCGACGGACGUACAUGCAACAGCUGCCCGCAGAGCAGAGAGAAAUGAUUGAUACGGCCAGCCUGGAGCAUAAUUCCUCAGAUUCGUUUGAUGUGGAAAAGGAGCUGCGUCAGCGUCGCAUCAUCAAGUCCACGGUACGGCGUUCGGAUGGCCAUACAGAAGUAAUCACCACGCAGGAGGUGGCCAGCAGCACGCGCCGGGAGAGCGUGCCACCCGACUCCACUGAGCCGCCCAAUGAGAGCGGCAUUGAGCAGCUCACGGGCAGCAGUUUGUCGCGCGAGCUGGACCAUGAACUGCAGCGCAUUGGCGUGCAGUGGAACACCUUGGGGCGGCAACGGCAGCGGGACAGCAGCAGCGGCGCCAGUUCCCCCGACUCGCAUCCAAGUCGCUUGCGUGGCGGUCGGAGUGUCACUUCGGUCAGAGCCUCCGACCGUUCCGCCCAGGAUGCCAGUCAAAUUGGUCGCACGCUGAAUCUGCGCGAAUUUCUCACGCGCGAGCUGCUCAAGCAUUGUGUGGACAGCUCGGAUGAUUCGCUGAAGAGCAGUUUUCUGCACUCGCUGGUGGACUCGCUUUCCCGCUCCAGUUCGCCGCAGAGCCCCAGCCUGGGUCAUGGCACGGGCGCCACCACAGAUCGACAAAAGACAUCGACGCCGCGCGGCUCUUUCCAGACGGUGCAGGAAAAGUCUGCCAAUGGCUUGACCACACAAUCGGUGCCCUUGCCCUCGGCCUCCAAUUCGCAAUUGUUUUCGGGCGAGAGUCGCAUUUCGUUGAUCAAUUAUCCGGAUGGAACGCCGCCGGUGCCAUUUGGUUCAGUGCAGCAGGAGCAGAGCGGCUCCAGGGAGCAGCAGCAAAGCGGCAGCAGGGCGACACAACAGCCGCAGAUUGUCCGAGCCACAUCCUCCACAGAUGCUCCCACACAGACAACCCUCGGGAGUUGGGAGACCAAACUGAAAGCAGCCUCCAAAUCACCCAGAAAAUAAUUUUAGCCUCAAGGAAUUUUAACACAUUUUAGCCACAAUUAUUUAAUAUAUUUUAAUAAAUUGCAAAUCAAAGAAAAAACGCCAAGGGUUGGUUGGGGGCAUAUACAAAGUAUAUUUCAAUAUUUAAUAUGAGUACAUUUACAACAAAUGAGUGAAGUUUUAUGUAUGUCAUGUUGCGUACAUUUUUUGUGGUACAUUUUCACUGGCGUUUUCUCUCUUUUUGAGUGCAGAGUUUAAACAUAUUUAAUAACUAAAUACAAUACAUAUAAGGGCAGCACACAAUCAAGACUUUUCGUUAGUCAAAAAACCUAAACUAAAGGCUAAGUACAUGGAAAUAUGUAAAUUACAUACAUAAUAUGUAUGAAUUAAUGUAAAGCAAAGAAAAAAUCAUUUUGGUACG